AUGGGCCGUCUUCAAUCUAAGCCUAUGUCCCACGAAAUCGUCGACAUAAGCAGGAUCCCGCCGUCCUUGACGGGCACACCCUUUGAUAACGUUCAGGAACUAUUGUCUUCCUAUGGCGAGCACGUUCUCUUGACCGACCAGGGGCGUCGUCUUGCGCUGCUUCACCCUGCGGCCACUUCACAGCACGUCUUCGGAGGCCAGCGUGCUACGUGGCCUCUCAUUUUCGACGAGUGGGAGAACCCCCAAGCCUUACGCGAGUAUCGUAAGGACUCCGCUGGGUAUGUACCUCGUGGGCUGCUCAACUUCAUUCGCCAAAUUCGAUAUGGCGACGAUUAUAUGUAUAUACUUCUUACUGGAGGAUUGUAUACGCUCGAGAUCGCCCUCGAGGGCGAGGUUGACGACAUUGUGCCGGUUGAACGGUUAUCGGGUGAGUAA